AUGCUGUUCACAGACCAGCAGUGUCAAACCAAGUGGGCUUCUGCGCGUGAUGACGAGGGUCGUACUGGUAAUUGUGACCCUAUCAGACGUCCUAGGCAUUACUCAAUCGUGAAGGACUAUUGGCGAGAUGGAACGGGCAUGAAUUAUCACCCGCAUCUAAGUACGGAGGCCAUGGAUACUAUUGCUGCCGCAGGUGACGCAGCGAGCCGUGUGAAGCGUAUUCAAGGUGAGUGUGUUGAAGAUGGUUUAGGAGCUGUCGCCAAGGGAUUUAGUAAUGGCCUGGCGGCACUAGGGAAAGGCCUUAUUCAGAGCGAGCGAGCGCACGCUCAAACCCUGCAGCUGCUAAAGCAAAUUGAAACCCAGAGCAAGCAGCUUCGUGAACAGAACCAAAACAUGAGAAAGCUGCUAAAUUGGAUUCGUCACAGAAACUAG